AUCUCAUCUCCAUCCUUCUCUCCCCCGUCGGGUGGUCUUGCCUUCCUCUUCUCCACUGCUUUUACCUUCUUUCUCUCUUUUGGAACUCUUUCUUGUAUUUGAUUGUCGAUCCAGAGUACCUGCGGCCUGGUUAUCGUUCUUCCCCGUCUGCUGAGGCCGGACAAAAGACCCUUGUUGGUUCCCCGUCGCUUGCGAUCUCGAUCGAUAUCCCCACACCUCCCUUCCCCAUCACCACCCUCUCAAGAUGGAAGACAGCCCUGCGAUCUCCAGCGGCGCUGCCGAUGACCUGCACAAUAUGACGACCGGUCAGGAUGCCCCCGGCGAUGUGGUGAACGCCUCCGAAUCGCAAUCGCGCCAAGAGUCUCCUGCGAAACAUAAUGAGUCUGCUACGGGCACUGAUAAUCCGCUAGAUGCCCCGGCUUCCCCCAAGCCGCAGAAUGCGGAGGGGGACGCGGAAGAUGAGGAGAUGGGCGGUACGGAGACGGAGGCGAAGAAAGAAGGCGAAGACGGCGCCGAAACCCCCGGACAGGCCGGUGCAGAGGGCGCUGCGGAGGAACAGCCCGCACAGAAGACAUCCGUCGAAUCGUCGGCACGCGAUCAUCUCGUGUCGCAAACCCAUGCCAUCAUCCUCCCCAGCUACUCCACCUGGUUUGACAUGCACGCCAUCCACCCCAUCGAGAGAAAGGCUCUCGCAGAGUUCUUCAACGGCCGGAAUCGAAGCAAGACCCCCGCCGUCUACAAAGACUACCGUGAUUUCAUGAUCAACACAUACCGAUUGAACCCCAUCGAGUACCUGACCGUCACCGCUUGCCGUCGCAACCUCGCCGGUGAUGUCUGCGCUAUCAUGCGUGUCCACUCCUUCCUGGAGCAGUGGGGUCUAAUUAACUACCAAGUGGAUCCUCAAACUCGUCCCUCCAACAUCGGUCCCCCUUUUACCGGGCACUUCCGCGUCGUGGCCGACACUCCGCGCGGCCUGCAGCCCUUCCAGCCGGGCCCCAACCACUUCGUCAAACCUGGAAAGCCUCUUUCCGCGACCGACCGGGCAGCGUCCGCCACACCCGCACCCAAGGCCGAUCUCAACCUCGAAAUCCGCCGCAAUAUCUACGAUGACAAGGGCAAGGAGAUCACCCCCGCCACAGAGGAGAAGGAGAACCAAACGAAUGGAGACGGUGCGGCCGCCAACGGCAACGGGGAGUCGGCGUCGAAGACCCUGGAAGAGAAAGACCCUCGAAAGAAGUCCCACUGUUUCUCCUGCGGGAUCGACUGCACCCGCCUGCGAUUCCACUACGCCAAAUCGGCCCCGGCCAACGUCAACCCCAGUGCUCCGGACUCGAAGUACGAUCUUUGCCCGAACUGCUUCCUGCAAGGCAGGAUGCCCUCCAGCCACAGUGCCUCCGACUUCGUCAAGCUGGAGGACAGCGCGCACACUAUCACCGCCGAUAAGGAUGCUCCGUGGUCGGAUGGGGAGCUGGUGCUGCUCCUAGAAGGCCUGGAGAACUUUGACGACAACUGGGAUCAAAUUGCCAGCCACGUGGGCACCCGGACCAAGGAGGAAUGUGUGAUGAAGUUCCUGCAGCUCGAGAUCGAAGACAAGUAUGUCGAGGACGGCCCCGAGAUGCGCGCAUCGUCUGGACGGGACCCCAUCAGCCAGGCGGAGAACCCCGUCCUGUCUGUGGUCGCUUUCCUGGCGCAGAUGGCCGAGCCGGCCGUUGCGGCCGCGGCUGCGGGCCGCUCCGUCGACGAGAUCCGGAAGGAGCUGCGCAAGCAGCUCGAGAAGGGCCCUGCCGCGGACAAGCCCCAGGACAAGGGCAAGGAGAAGGAGGGGUCGACCGUGAAGACGGAGGACUCCAUGGACGUCGACACCACCACCCGUGACGAUGGCGCCACCGAAGUGGCAGAGGUCCCCAGAACCGACAAAGAGGGCAAGCCGUCUCUCCCUACCGUGGCCCUGGCCGCGUCAGCCGCUCGCGCGGGCGCCCUGGCCUCGCACGAAGAGCGCGAGAUGACCCGCUUGGUCGGAGCGGCCGUCAACGUCACGCUCCAGAAAUUCGAGAUCAAGCUGCAGCAGUUCAACGAGAUGGAAGAGAUCAUCGAAGCCGAGCGCCGGGAGCUCGAACUCGCGCGCCAGCAACUCUUCCUGGACCGCGUGGCGUUCAAGAAGCGCGUCAAGGACGUCCAGGAAACCCUGCAGGCUGCCAGCCUCAAGGGUCCCGGCGAGGAGGCGAACAACAUGAUCGCCGACGCCGCGAACGCCGCCAUGGGCAGCCGUGUUAACUUCCAGCCUGCCGAAGGCCGCGCCGGUGUGCAGCCGCCCAGCGCCGAGGGAGGCGCCGACUACAAGACGCUGGAGUUGUAAGGAGAUUUCGACCGGCGAUCUUCAACCAUCGAAAGAACAAACAAAUAAUAAAAGAGCAAAAAGUGUCAAAAAAAUAUGAAAUUCAUGACCAGAUUGGGUAGGUAGGCUAGGAGGGCGGGUCGCGAGGGUUCAUUACAGUUCAGCUCAGUUCAUUCUUAUAAUAUCCAUAUGUAUUGUACAUUAUGCUCGGUGGAUUGAUCAGGUGCGAGACAUUUUUCUCGUUCAUCUGAUAGGGGCAAGCAGUGACAGGAGGAAGGGUAGGGAGUGAACACUACUGGUGGGCAUGGAAGAGCUGAUGGAUGUGAUUAUCUGUUGUUGUUUUCUUUUUCCUAUUCCUUUCCUUAGGUGAUUUGCAGAUUUUACUCAGCUAGGAAAAGGCGUAAAUUGUUUUGGGAGUUUAGAGUUAGUUUAGUUAUAUUAUGGUCUGCAAUUGUCAUUAC